AUGCCAGAGAUUAAAGUAGUUCCGUUAGGUAUGUAUAGUGAGGUUUUUGAUAUUUCUUUCGUGUGAAGAUUUUUCGCUCAGCGGUACCUCCUUUCAGAAGGCCCCACGUGAUCAGGGCAAGUGUUCCUUUGCCUUGGAAUAGGGGUUGAAUUGGGUUAACACUUGUGACAAAAUAACUGGCUAUAAAAAUAUGUUUAUAUCAUUCUGGCUUGGAAUCUACAGAAGUUUUUAUUUCAAGAAGUAAGAUGAUGUAAAGAAAAAAGUUCGACAUAAACCUUUACUAUCCUUUGUUUUGAAGGAUUGGUAAGAUUUCUCUCUAACCCUAUACUUUUGUAAGACAAAGCUGUAAUCCCAAAGGCAGUCAAUUAUUUCAGACUAUUUUCGCCAUUGUCUUUUUUUUUCAAGAAUUGUAUGCAUAAUGGAGAAUGGGGCUGUAUGGCAAUAGGCCUUUAAUGCAUGUUUACAUUUACUCCCAAGCCUCAUGUUCAAGGCACUGACUGUUGGAUUUUAAUCAGAGAGUAUUACUUAAACACUUAAAUCAAAAGAAUACCAUGAAAACAACAAGAAAGCAACAAAUACUAUGGAAUAUUUUAGUACAAACAAAGCUUGGGGUGAAUUUCAGUAAAUAACAUUAUCAUGCAUCAGAGCUAUUUUGCCUUAAAUUCUGCAAAGUUCAGUACAUUUUUAUAUAUCAAUGUCUGUGCUAUCUGCAGUCUUAAAAUAGAGUAUACUGGUUUCAUUUAGAACACUGUUAUGACAUACACAAUUCCUCUCUAAUGAGAAGAUUCUCUCUACCUUUACAAACUAUCAGUGGACCUGAUUUGAAGUUGUAUUAGACUGAGUUUCAAUGUAGGCAUCUCAUGCAAAUUGUUGCAUGGCCUUAGCACAAGGUUAGACAAGACCCAUUUCCUGGUACUGAAUCAGUAUACACUUAUUGAUCUUAACUGACAACACUCUAGGGAGUCAAUCACAUUUCGUUAGUUAAAGUAUCCCUUGAAUGGUGUUAAAGCUGAGACUUCUCAGCACAGAAAAGUGUCAUGUCCCCCUGAUUAGAUGACUGUGUUCCUUUGAGGUGCCUUGAUAAAAGCUUGUGGCUGUCCAAAAUUCUACUUACUUUUCUCUGUCUUCCUUGUGGGGAUCUAAGGCAAAAAAUAAACAAUUGCCUCUACUUGAUUAGUAUGUUCAGGGAUGUCAUAAAGGGCUGUGCACCAGGCAUAUUUUAUAUAGUAUCCUUCCCUUCUUUUUUAGAAGACUGUCUAGCUGUGUUUUAACUGUAACUAACUGUUUUUUCUAUUGGUAUUGCAAUUUAUGGGAAUCAUCCAUCCAGGAGCUGGGCAAGGUAUGUAGCACUUUACCAUAGGUUUUUUUUAGUUACUGUAGUUACUAAAUAAUGAAAAAACCCAUGUGCUGAAAUAUAUAUUGCUAUUAUCCUAAAAAAUAAUCCCAAAUAUCUACUUGUGAAUUUACUUUAUGACAUUUUUUUUUCUUUUGUUCAAUGUUAAAUAUUUUUAGAUAUAAAAAAUAAAUCAAUAUUCACGAAUUUAAUGUAAUGUCAUGUGUUGUUAGUUGUUAUUUGGCCACAAACUGCUAUAUGCUGCUUAGAAUGAUUAGGGAGAUUAAAGUGUCUAGCUACUGGUUUGGAUGUGUCCUUGUCAUUUCUUUGUAUAUCACAAAGGUGUUCUCAGAAUCGGUCACUUAGUUGUCUUCCUGUUGCAUCAAUGUAUUACUUCUUGUAAUAAGAGCAAGUUAUGCAAUCAAUGACACUGAUGGAGGUGCAUGUGAAGUGAUUAGUGAUCUUAAUAGGUCUCUUAGUUCUCAACAUUUUCUCUACAAUGUGAAUGAAAGGACAAGUUUUGCAUCAUGAGUGAGCGCAUCUGAAAAUUCCAGGUUGGUCAAUGGUUUGAAAUGAACUUCUGACCAGAAAGUUGCCUAUGUUUUUGUAAAGUUUGAAUGAACUUAGUGGAGGUUGUGAAAAUAUAGUACCAGUCUCUAAAUCAUUUUGAAGUAAUUUAAAGUUUUUAAGAAUAAUAGAUUUAACUGUGUGGUUGCGAGGGUGAGAUAUAAUAGUGAAUGGAGUGCAAUCAGUAUUUUCUUUCUGUACCUGCCACUCAAUUUGUUGGCAGGCACAUUGGUAGCCUACUUGAACAACAGAAACAGGAUAGCUACAUUUAUCAAAAAACUGGCUCAUUGCCACUGAUUUUUUUGGAAAAAUCAGAGUUGUCACCACAAAAACAACGAAGCCUGAAGUGAGGAACUGUGAAAAAGGUAUGGAAGUCUAGAUGUGUGAUGGAUGUGAAGAUGAAUACAGUAAGUAACUAUGUGAGUCUGUAGGUUUGUGGUAAACACUAGUGCAUAGACCAUCUAUAUUGUUUGAUAAUUGAGCUAUGUUAUUGUUUAUUUUGAAGAUGUUGGACGUAGCUGUAUCCUUGUUACUAUUGGUGGGAAGAAUAUCAUGCUUGACUGUGGAAUGCACAUGGGUUAUAAUGAUGAGGUGUGUGUGUGCGGUUUUCAGUUCAAUGUAAUGUUCAAUGAGUAAAGGAAAGUUGAUUCACUUGUUGUUUCCUUUCUUUGACCUGCCAAACCUUCCCAAGGUAUUCUUAUUUGAAUACUCUAUGUCAUUACUCAAUUUGAUAUGAUGGAAUCUAUUACUUUCAACAAAUUGCAAUUUUUCACAGAGGAGAUUCCCAGAUUUCUCAUACAUCACUCGAGCUGGGCGCUUAACACAACAUUUGGAUUGUGUGAUUAUCAGGUUAGUAGAGUGGGUAUUCUUUACCUCUGUCAGUAAUUUUGCUAUAGCCCAUGAGGCUUAAAGAAAACCAAAGUCUCUUGCAAAAAUUACUGAUUAAUUAAUGUGUUAAGGUUAUUAUAAAGGUUGACAUUUCAGGGCAUGGAAAGUUUUGCCCAAGUAAAAUGUGAAAGACUUCACUUGGUCUUCUGCCUGUCAGGCAACUGGGGAGAAAACUUGCAUUUGAAGAUGAGGAUAAUGAUCGAGGGUUUGUCUUGGAUAAGUGGGUGAGAGCUUUUUGAACCUGUGGAAAGGGUGUAACAAAGUAGUACAUUGGGGCUUUGUCUUCCUGAGUUGCAAGAGUUUAAAAACAUCUCAGUGUGUGCAUUACAGGACCUUAAAAAAAAGAAGAAUAGCAUCCAUAUGCUGAUUAUAUUCAUGAGGUGGUACAGAAGCUGGUGUUGUACUGUGCAGCAUUUUGGCAAUGACUUCAUAAUGACCAGUAGUUGUUUUUAUUGUAACAGCCACUUUCACUUGGACCACUGUGGUGCUUUACCAUAUUUCUCAGAGAUGGUUGGAUAUGAUGGUCCCAUUUACAUGACUCACCCAACUAAAGCAAUAUGUCCUAUUCUUCUGGUAAGCUGAAACAAUGUUAAACACAUAACAGAGCUAUUGAGAUCUGAAUUUCAAUAGGUCUCAAAACACCUUUCUUAAAGUAAGCUUUUAUCUUUCAUUGAACCCUUGUAAUAAUAGUAAAGUAUUCAAAUUCUAACUAACUGACAUUCUAUCUUUGUCCCACUUUUAUAGAUCAAUAUAAAUCAGUGACUGAGUUCAAAAGCUGUAAUGUUUCUGGUCUCCUUUUUGCUGUCCAGAAUACUUUUUCAAUUAGGAACUCUUACCAAAUAUAAAGGGUAUAAAGAAGAGUGAUUCUCACAGUUUGUUGGUCCUUUGACAAGAAAUAUAGAUCAGAGUUAUCAAAGCAGCUAUUUGAUUCCAUCUUUCUACAGUAUGCUGUUUUUAGUUUACAUGUUAUGAUCUAAUUUACUUUCCCUUUGGUAACUUACGUGGCACUCUAAAUAGUUCAAAAUUCAUUGAAGACACUUUCUCACUUAGAAAUACCACUAAAAAUAUUACUUUUAUUUAUUAUCAGGAAGACUAUAGAAAAAUUACAGUUGAAAGGAAAGGAGAAACCAAUUUUUUCACUUCACAGGCAAGUUCUAAGGGUAGCUUUUGAAAUUGUAUGGAAUUAUUUAUGUUCAUAGUAUAAUUACAUAAAUACUGAAAACAAUUGCACAGACAUGUGUAUAAAGGAUCUUCAGGUGCUGUACUUGUCUGGUGAGUGCUUAAAUGGAUGACUUCAACCCAUAAAUUUAUUUUUUCCUCUUGCUUGUUUGUUUUAUGUGAAUUAUUUAGGUUAUUUUUAAAGUGAUUUUCGUCACUGACAGGCUCUAAGCUCCUUAGUAAAUAAUUUCCACAACUUCAUUCUGUUAAAAAUCCCUGUUCACUCUCCAUUCAAAACUCAACAAGCAUUAUUAGUUAUUUGCAGUCUCAAUAAAGAAAUUUAAUGGGAAUCAUGUCUUGCAUAUAUUUAGAUUGUGUAAGAAAGGAAAGUAUGCAUCAUUGCACAGUUGCUGGUAUUUAAACUAGGUGGUUCAAGGGAUGGAUUUCUUUUUGAUGUCUUCAGAAAGUUUCGGUUUGUUUGUGGAAAUCCAUGGCUGUCUUCAGAUAUAAUUUGGUUCCCUUCAAAAAGUCUUGGAUUUCUCUGGAUAAGAAUCAUGCCUAUGACAAGCAUACUCUGUAAAUGACAAGCUGCUAUUAUAAAAUGGAGGUAUAAUUCUUUCACAAUGUAGUCACCAUAUAUGUAAAAUAAAACUUUUUCUUUUUCUUUAGAUGAUCAAGGAUUGCAUGAAAAAGGUCAUAACUGUCAAUCUACACCAGACAGUAAAGGUAAAUUAAUCAUUUAGAGUUUUUUUUUUGUUCAUAGCACUUUAGCCAGUUAUACCCACACCAUCCCAAACAUUUUUUAGUUUUUCAACAAUUCGUAUGUUGGUGAUAUCACUAACUGUAAGAUUUACACUUUUUUAUAUGAGUCAUACAUGUAUGUAACUGAUAAGUUCAAGAUAGAUUAAAACAAGAACCUCUGGAGAUUAUUUUUACUAAGUUUUGUUGCUUUCCUAUUCAGUGAUAGUUGUCUUUUUGUUGGAAUGGCUUUAAUCUCUUUUGUUUUAGUACAAAAUAGGCCAAGAAAUUCCCAAGUGUAGGUAGAAGUAGCAAAAGAUGUAAUCAACUUGUGAAAUGCUCACGAUGUUCUGGAUGAAAGGAUGGAAAUGUAAGUCAAUAGUGCAUAACUACAUUUGCUGUGGGUUUUUUUCUGUUGAACAGGUUGAUGAUGAACUGGAAAUCAAGGCAUACUAUGCAGGUCAUGUUCUAGGAGCAGCCAUGUUUCACAUGAAAGUUGGGACUGAAUCACUGGUAUAUACUGUAAGUGCUAUCAAUAUGUUUGUGAUUGUUUUCUAGCAUUUAAUGACCCAGGAUAUUGGUUGCUUUUCAUGAGGUGUCUGCCUGCAGCUAUGUCACACGAUGUAUGGCAAUCAUGUAGCAUGUUAGAAACCUGCCAAAAUAAAACAAAGAGUUUGAGUUUUCUUUGGAAAGAUAUCAGUUCUCUGUACUUAUCAUCAUCAUUAGGUCUAUGUUCAGACAACACAGAAAAAAAAUUGGCAUAAUUUCUUGACAUACUAGUGGGCUACAUGUAAGCCUCAAAUAAAUAUGUAUGACAUGAAUCUCCAAAAACAAAUAAUAUCACUCACUUACCCCAUAGGCCAGGGGCAUGGUCAAAGGUUUAAUGUGUCAAGCAAUAUUGCAAAAUUGCCUUUAUUUUCUGGCUUGUCUGAGUCUGUGAGAAGUCUACAUAGUUCUCCUUCAUAUAACUGAUUGAUUAUCUUUCUCCUUCUUACAGGGUGACUACAAUAUGACACCUGACAGACAUUUGGGGUGAGAAAUUUUUUACAUUUUCUAAGGAUUAGGAACAAAGUUCAGAUACUGCUUUUCUUGUUAGUCUGUUCAUUUGAAUGUUUUAAUUGGUUUUUGUGUUUUUGUAAUCCUCCAUGAUCACAAUGUUAUCUAGUCUUAUGAGGUAAUGAAAACAAGAAAAAUAUUUGACCAUGCAGGAGAAAAAUAAUUAAUCCCUAAGUUCCAGUACAGAGUGUAGAUAGAUCAAUGCCAUUAUGUGUACCUUAGUUAGGACCUUUACUCUAAAAAUGCACCACCAUUAUAGGGAGUUAAAAUCAUCCAAUCUGUCAAAAUAUUGUUUACAUUAGUGCAGCUUGGAUUGACAAGUGCAGACCGGAUGUACUCAUAACUGAGUCGACAUAUGCUACAACAAUACGAGACUCAAAAAGGUUAGAAUUUGAUUGAAUACUUUCUGCAUAAUUGCUUUUGAAUCAUUUUGUUAAAGUUGAGGAAUAACAUAAUAUAAAUCUUUCAUUAUAAACAGAUGCAGGGAGAGAGAUUUUUUAAAAAAGGUUCAUGAAUCCAUGGACAAGGGUGGAAAGGUUAGGGGCCUCUUUUUUUUUUUUUUUUUUUAACCUCUAUAUUCAGGUGAUAAGUGGGAUAUUUGAACAUUUCUAUACAACGUCAGGUAAUAAUUUUUGAUGUAAUGAUAAUGCCAGUGGUGGUAAUGAUUACUAUUAUUACAUUUUUUUUACAUAUGAUACAACAUAGAACUUUACAUGUAGCAAUAAGACCUUAAGAAUAUUGUAAGGAUAGAGUGGAUACUAGAAAAUAAACAUAUUUAUGCCCAUGAACAUAAACUCUAUUGCUAUAGUAUAGAUGUAGUUUGAUGUUAUUAAUAUAUACUUAACAGGUGCUGAUCCCAGUGUUUGCUCUGGGGAGAGCUCAAGAACUUUGUAUAUUAUUGGAAACAUACUGGUAGGAUAAUGAAUAUUAACUAUGUUUUAUUUUAUAGGGGCACCCAAGUUCAUAUUGUGACUUGCUUUGUCUGCUCUCGUGAAUUUUCCUAUUGUUCCUCUCUCUGUCAAUGUAGUAAAUUUGUCUGUGCCCUAUGUUUUACAAAAAAAAUGAAUUGUCACUGGGUUUUGCUGUACUUUUCACCCAAACUUGUCAAAAAAGUUAUUCAUUAAUUAAGAUCAUUAAUCCUCAUUGCUUAUUUUUUCCUCAUGGUAUGACGUCAGUCACACUAUGAGGUUUAGGGGUUGCAUGGACCAAAAAUUCACACACUCACACUCUCUGUUCUCUGAUCUGUUUGACAACUUUGUUAGGAAGCCUAAUUGUUAUAAAGAAACUCACUGGUGAUGUACUUUCUCACAAAAAACAGUUUCCAAGUUGGACACUUAAUUAUUAGUUGAAAAAUUGGCAGAAGAUACCAUUUAAUAGAAUUGUUAUUAAUAUCAUACCACAAGGUUGCUCCAAGGAGCCUUUGACUCGUUAUUUCAUCAUAAAAUUUCCUUUCAGGGCUGAUCAGAAACAAUUUUAUGGUUCAGUUGUUGUUUGUUUAAUGUAAAGCCACCAGAUGAGGUAUACAUUUUCUGCUCUGAAUCAUGUAAAAUGGUGAAAUGCUUGCUCUUCCGUUUAGGGACAGAAUGAAUUUAAAGGCACCAAUAUACUUUUCAACAGGACUCACUGAAAAGGUACUGUCCAUCAAUGAAAAAUGCCCAUAAUAUAUUUUUAGAGCCUUUACUUUGUUGUGUGUGUUGUUAAUUACAGAAUUUACUUUUACUACAGUAUCAGAGUAAUUGUGGAGUAACUACAAGAAACAUUUCUUUUGGGCUCUAUCUUGAAAAGAUGAUUCUUGGUGAUUAGACACUUGAUCAUCUUUGAUUAGUAAUUUCUCUAGAGGUGUGCAACCAGUUAGCAUCAAGCUCCAUGUUGAGCAGUCUCUUCAAAGGAUCAAAAAGACAUUGGUCAAUAAAGUUUAUCAAUUGUGACAGAGUCAUAGUAUCUGUGUUCUUGCAUUGUAAAAUGUUAUGUAAUUUGAUAGCUCAUUGUCAGCCGGUAAUAAUGUCAUUGACCAAUAAAUUAACUUUCUUUAGGCAAACCAUUACUACAAGUUAUUUGUGACCUGGACAAACCAAAAAAUAAAGAACACAUUUGUCCAAAGGAACAUGUUCGAUUUCAAACAUAUCAAGGUAAGUGUAAAUUUAAUAAUGAGCAAGGAGAAGUUACACUGUAGGUUUUAUUCUUCUUAAAAACAGGUUUAAAAGGUAGAUAUAAUUUCUGUCUUUUACAAUUAUAGAGACUCUUGAGCUGUUGGCAAAGUUGAAGCACCUACUCCUGAUGGAUCUAGAAUCUCCUUCUCUGCAGCCUGUUUUGGUGCUGCCAGUUUUAGUCUGACCAUUUUCUUUCCUUUCUUCCUUUCAGCCUUUUGACAGGUCAUAUAUUGACAAUCCAGGACCUAUGGUAAAUAACUUCAAUUAAAAUAUUAUUUUCCUUUGCAUUGGAAUCAAAGGAAAAGGAUAUUUACAUGUAGGAACCAUGAUUUUUUUUUCUUGGAAACUUAAAAGUAAUUUCAUGUUAUAGAGAUUAGCGUACCUUUAAAUAAUUUGAAAAUUAUCUUCAAAUGUGCAUAAAAAAACUUGAUUACAGGCGAGACACAUUCUGACUCUUUCAAACAAAUUUGUCCAAUUGCCUUUGCCUCACUACUCUUUUUUUUCUGUGCCGUGGUGAUCUGCUUGAACACUUAGUGUAGGCACUAAAGAAAAAGGCACUCUUGAAUCAGGCAAUAAACUUUUAAAGAUAACCAGAACAUCAGCUGUUUGAUAACCCUUUCACUCCCAGCAGUGACCAAAACAUACUUUGUCCUUGGCUUACAAUAUCAUUAAAAUAUUAUUACAAUAUCAAGCAGACAAGUGAUGAGAAUUAAGACAAAUACCAAUUAGGGGAUUUUCAUUUGGUCAAAUACUAAAUUCUCAGAACUAGAACCAUAAGCAAUUUAUGGCUGGCAGUAAGAAGAAUUACUAAAGAGAUCUUGGGAGUGAAACGGUAAAUGGCACAUUGGAGUUUUGCGUGAGCAGCUUGUCUACUGUGUUGUACCUUAUUUUGAAUGAAAUAACUUUUUGUAUUGCAGUUCAAUCACAUGAUCAAUUUAUGCAUAGUGAUUUGCAUUGUGUUUAACUUUCUUUCUUUUCUCUCUUAAGGUUGUGUUUGCAACACCUGGUAUGCUUCAUGCUGGAUUGUCAUUACAGAUCUUCAAGAAGUGGGCAGCAGAUGAGAAGAACAUGGUAUUUGGUUGUUGUAAAUCAUUUUUUAUUUCUCUUUUCUGCAGAGUAUUACUCUGAUACAUUAAGUACAGUGCAUGAAGUUGUUACUGAGUCAUGUUAUUCCUGUGUGAUGUGAUGUAGGUUGUAAUUCCUGGUUACUGUGUUGCUGGAACUGUUGGUCACAAGGUGCUGUCAGGACAGAAGAAAAUUGAAUUAGACAAGAAAAGUGUUGUAAGUGAUCAUACUCACAUACACACAAAAUUCAUAUUGAGUGACUCUAAAAUGUUGAUUAAAUGACUCUGAUAACAAAAAAAACUGUAUUUAUUAUGUACUUCUGGACUACUUUAUGUUAUGAUCAUAGAUUUUGUUUACUUUUUAGUUGGGGUGUGUUGGUUAUAUUGAGUGAAGGGCUAAUACUUGAAGAAUCAGCUUAAAAAAAACCCUUCAUGGUUGCCAAAUGGCAAAACACAGUUGAUGUUAUCUUGUUUUACCCCCCACCAAUGCAGAACCAAAGUUUCUUUAGAGAUUUGCCCCCUUAAUUCAUUUAUUGAUUACAGUUUGUUUGUCAAGCAGUUUUUAACUUCCAACAAUUAAAUUCAGGUGUGCCACAAGGAGGUGACUAACCUUGAAUAUGAGUGCAUCAAAUAAUAUAGUUUUUCCCCUAAAGCUUUUUAAUGGUACUUAAUGUGAAUAUGUUAUAUUUUUGGUAGAUUGAUGUGAAGCUUUCAGUUCAGUACAUGUCCUUCAGUGCACAUGCUGAUGCCAAAGGAAUCAUGCAACUCAUUCGCCAGGUUUGUCUUGUCAAUUUAGUUAGACAAGUUCCCUUACCUGUUGGCUGCAUUCAGUCUGUACAUGAAGUGAUUUUAUUUUUCCUUGAUCUUUUUCAUUGUUUGUCAGCCAAGUACGUCAUACUUGUUUUAUUUAUCUUAUGUAGAUAUAAUAGACAAAAGAAAGUCGGUGGCAUCCCAAUUAAACUUUUGUAUAAUUUUUUGCCUUUAGAGACACUGCUUGAAAAGGGAAAAACGUUUGUGCCAAGUUUUCUCACAUUAUAACUAUUUUUUUGCGCAGGCUGAACCUAAGAAUGUUGUUUUGGUUCAUGGAGAAGCAGGCAAAAUGGAUUUCCUAAAGCAGCAAAUCGAGAAAGAAUUUGGUAAGUUAAAAAAAGCACUUCAGCAGAAAUGGACCAUUAAGUUUAAAGCGAUGAUGAAAUGAGUUUUGUGUUGAUGAAUCAAAGACUACAGUGUGAAACAUCAGAGCUGAUUUCAAUUUGCACUGUGUGCAUUUAGAAUUCAGCUGUUUGGCUUUCAAAAUGUAAUACAAUGCAAGUGUUUUUUUCAAAUUUAGCACCACAUCUGUUUAUCAUUCCAAGGGCUUAAGCAUAGUUAGAUUGCAUGCUCAUUCCCUCACUCAUGUGGGUUUUUGGCCAUGCCAUGUUGGCCUCAAUCGAAAUGUGCCCAUCAUAUUCUUAGGCCAGAGGGAGAGAAGCAAGAAGAACCUCUGAUAGGAAUCAAGCUUUCUCAAUUAUAAAUGAGCUUUUUUACCUCAUUUGAUAGGAAUUGGAUGCUUCAAACCAGCAAAUGGGGAAACAGUGUGUAUGGAGACCAUUCCCACUAUUGCAGUUGAUAUGUCACUAGCUCUGCUCAAGAGAAAAGUUAUGUCACUAGAGAAGAAAGGUAAGUGACUGAUCGAAGUGAUUGGUCACUUAAACAAAGGAGGGAGUGGGUAGGAAUGACAGUAGGCAGUAGUCUGGGUUCAAGUGUAAGCACUGACUUUCUUUCUCAUUUAAUAAAGUUUGUCUGUGAAAGUGUCUAGUUCUUUGUAUUUGUGAGUCUGUGUCUGUGGGUGCGUGCGUGCGUGCGUGCGUGUUCAUGUGCGCGUGAAAAUUCAAAAGCAGUAGCAAGUUAACUCGCCAUUUUAUUCGUUGGGUAGUGUGAUGCGCUGAAGACAGAAUUGAGAAAAUUAAAAUCCUAAACAAUUAAUUGCAUACAAAGACAAUUCCACUUUUGGUUCCAAACGUUCAGUUUUAUUGAUAGUGGUAAGCUGGCGCUGCAGUGCUCUAGAUCCUAAUCACAACGAGAGAAAGUUGGCUUCUGGGUUAACCGUUUGACCCGGCCUUUCUGGAACGAUCGUGAUGUAAGUUGUCGUGGAAAUAGCGGUAGAUUUUCAGGGUGAAUAAUGCUGAGAAUUGAGCGAUUCAUCGAUCAGGAUUUAGUCCUGAUGUAACGAUAAAUUUUUGACAUUAAGUGGAAUUUAUGAUGAUUAGCCUGGAGCCAUUACCAUUUUUCAUGAGUAGAGAACAUUCAUGAAUGAUGUUUAGCAGUUUCACUUGCCGAAAAUAUAUUUGUGCUUUUAUCUCUUCGGUUAUGUCAAUGAAAUCUAGAGUAAGUAUACUAGAUAUAGUCGCUUUCCAUUUCAUAAAGUCCUCUUCACAUUAUACACCGCUUUUUUUUUUUUUCCAGAUGCCAAACGAGCCAAACUCACUCCACACAAUAAUCAUUUACCCGUCCAAGGAGUGUUAGUUAUGAAAGACACGGUAGGUUGUUCUGUUGUUUUUCCUCAUUGUGCUGUGCAGUAGUUUUUAGUAGAGGACGCCGUUUAUGACGGUCAGCAAUCGUUAAAGCAAUGGUGUUACACUUCAGGUCGAGAACUCCGUAACCGUGCACAGCCUUUUACUUUUUCUUCUUCUUCAAACUUAGGAACAGAAUAAAUUAAUGAGAUGUUUUCCCUUGACCAGCAAGCUCGAUAUGAUUGGUAUGCCGUUCAACGUUGUGCAUGUUCAGAUACAAGACAUUUAGCAAAAUGUGUAGUAAAGAAAUCGGUCGAACUUCAUAACCUAUGCAAUUCAUAACCUACAUGCUGUAUCAGUGGUUUUAUUUUUAGUCUUGGUGAUCAGUUUUAACUGCCUCUCUUUGCUGUCUUUGUAGUCUGUAAGAUUAGUGGAACCAGCUCAAGCCAUGAAGGAACUGGGAAUGACUGAACACAAGCUUCGUUUUACAUCAUCAGUCACUUUAGAGACUACAAUACCAUACCACAUGUUUAUAGAAAAGUUGCAGUCUCAGCUAAAAAGGUAGGUUGUGUUGGACAUAUUCUGCCCUCCAUUAAAAACCAUUAGAGGAUAUGUUAAACAUUCUUUAGCCUACUUGAGUGGUACUUCUCUCGCAUUAUUUUAGUUACUCCGGACUCUUUCGGAAGUGUGUGUUUUAUCAAUGGAAGUCAUACGAUUGCAAUGAAGAAAAAACAGUUCGAAGGGUAACUUUGCGUGCUUCCCACGAUAGCUCGUCGAUUGCUUUCACAAUGUCACGAAAUAACUGUUUCCCGGAUCAUUCAACCAAUCACAGUACAGAAAACUGUCUGUGAUUUAAACAAUGUUACAUUUUACCAAUCAGUGCUUAGAAAUCAGGCAAGUAAAAGUGACAAAGACUAGAGAUAGCAUUCACAACUCGUUUCCUGUCGCCGUAUCGGUCAGUUUUGUGUAUAAUAAGUGUACUCCGGUACCUUGAAUCGUACUGUAAUUGACUUAUUUGACGUAUUUUUUUAAUUCGUGGAUGUUUGGAUAAUUGAAGACUUCUUCCAAAUUACUCGGUCCAACGAGUGGCGGAAGGUUGUUUAUCAGUGGACGACUCUGUUCUUAUCAAGGUUAGUGUUGGCUAUUGGAAGUUGUUUUUGUAUUUGUCUGUAGUUCUGUUUUUUUUUUUUUUUUUUUUUUUUGUAACUGCUUUGUGCCGAUCCUCAAUUUGAUUUGUCAGACAUAUUGUACACGGGAUAGAGAGCUGCUCAGAAGUGGAAAUGACAAUAGCAAGGACACUGACUAUAGAAAUGGCAAUGGCGAUGUAGAGGCGCACUGAAAUGAUCGGCUUGACCUCGUUGGUGAAAAAUAAAGGCUUUAUUUUGUAGUGUCCCUUUAAGGAACGAAACUAAAAAACCUUUGCCGGAUUCAAGCUAUCACCAGCACUAUUAUUAUGAUACUGUCUAUUUUCGUUCCUUUUGUAUUUUGUGCUCCAUCAAUCUCGCCAAUGAAGUAAUUUAGUUCCUUCACUUGAUAUAAGUCGUGUUACAUUACAGAUAUCAGGAAGUAGUGAUGACGUAACUCAUGAGGCUUCUAACUGUACGGCUUUGGUUUCAUGGACAUUACAGGUGACGAUUACGUUUGUAUCAACUGUUUAAUUUCGUGUCUUGAAUGACUUGACUGUAAUACAGAUGUAAUGACUUUAUAUUUUUCAUUUCCAGGAAGAGGAGUUAGGAAGUCACGUGCUGUCGUUGCUACGUGACAGAAUAACCAGACCUCUGCUCCCAUUUGGUGAGUCUGGUGAGUGA